GCCGCCACAACCUUUCUCCCUCUCCUCUCCUUUCAGCCAACGUGCGGCUCCAGCAGGGAGCCUUUCUCCCCAAGCGCAUAGAAGCAUCUCCUGGCGUCUUCCCCUUCCCAGCGUAGGAGCAAGGGCUUCCCAUGGCGGCCUCCCUUGUGACAUCUCCCCCUACAGGUUCCAGGUCGGCGCCCUUCUCUAGCCUGGACUUGUAGCGCCUGAUGCCCAUCUUCGCCCUCUGCUGUCGAAGGCACGGGCACCAUUUUCCCCCAUGGCCGAGCUCAACACCUGCCAGGACAAGCUGCGGGCCCCUCUGCUCCAGCCAUGGCGUGGGACCUUCUCUGGUUGGAGCUCGAGCAGGUGAGCUCGCCCCAUGGCCUUGGCUCCUUGUUUGCUUGCUGCACGUACGCUCCCUCUCCCAUCUGGCUUUCUGCCCUUCUCAAGUCCGGCCAUCCCCGCCUUGCCGUGGAUUUCCUCGAGCAGCCCCACCUGGCCGCCAUCCUCCUCAGAUCGACCUCCCCUUUUUGUGUAGCUCACCAUCUCCCCAUACGCGCGCUAGCUGGACGCCAUCCGAGCUCCGCCAGCCGGUCUGCAACUCCCUCUCGCUGCUUCCCUUGGACGCCGGAGCUCCAAGGUCGUACCUCCGUCUCCAUGGCCGACCAGCAAACCUCGAUGGACGAGCUCUCUAGCACUUUCCUCUCCUAUGGCGCGCCUGCCCCCAUGGAUGAAGCCCCAGUUUGCCGGUCUCCUCUCUGCUCCAUGGCCGAGGGCCCAUUCCCUAGCACCCUCCUCGCAUGGGCAGGCUGCGGGUGCUCGGCACCCCCCUACCAACCUUCGCCGAGUUCGGCCACCCCUCCUCGUCCUUGUGAUAGUAGCAGGUGCUCGACAAAAUGCCUGUGAGAGGCUUGGUGUUGUGGACAACCCCGUCCGCGACGUCGUCGACCCCCGGUGAGGCACCCCGCUAUCCUUGCUGUUUUUGCGUCCGUAGUGUUCGACGAUAUGCCAAAUUCAUGAACUCUUGUGUUAUCGCAGCAGCCAUCGAUGUCGCGCUUCGAGCUGGUCCGUUCAGCGAAAUGUCGAGCCACGUGGACAGCCCCUGUGACUAGUCCCAUUUCGCUUAGGUUAUUUUCCUUGUGGUUUGUUCUACUUAUAAAAUUGGUCGAUAUCGUGUAUGUACAUGUGUGUAAAUAAAAAAAAUUAAGCGAAUUAUGCUUGUUUGAUGUGGUGAGAAGAAUU